AUGAAUAAUAGUAAUAAUAAUAGUAAUAACAAUGAUGGUAAUAGUAAUAAUAAUCAAAUCAACUAUGUUUCAGAUAGAUUAUCUAAUCUAAUACUUUUAGAUAUCAUAUCAAAGAUCGACAACAAUGCAGAUAUGAUAUGCUUUUUCAUGACUUGUAAAAGGUUGUAUCAUUCUAUUAGACUACAAUCAUACAAGAAUAUAAAGUUUAAAGGAUUGACGUACUUUGAUGAAUGGACAGAUACUGGUUUAAACGAAUUACUAGUUCAAAGAUUACCAAAAUGUCUACCAUCAUUUAAAGAGAUUGUUCAUAAUACACUAUCACAUCAACUUGUUCUAGUCAACAGAGGCAACACCUUUUCAAAAUAUAAAGGUAUACCAAACUUUUAUAAAAUGAAAUACAAUAGUGAUAAUGAUAAUAAUGAUAGUAGUAAUAAUAAUGAUAAUGAUCAAUAUGAUGGUCAAGAAGAAAUGAAACAAGUUGAAAGAGUUUUAAUAUCAAUUGAACAAAAAUGGGAGGUAUAUAAAUUAGACCCAUGUCUAAAGUUACCUCCAUCAACUCGAUCAUUGGCCAUACACAAUCACGAUGAAACACUUGACCAGCCACUCACCUUUGUACCGUCGUCGGUCAAAGAUCUCUCUGUCAACUAUCAAAAUUUCGAAUGUGAUGAACAAGUCUUUAUUCCAGAUACUGUCGAGUCGCUGUCGGUGAAUACAACCUUUGUACAUUGUAAUGUCAAACUACCAACCAGUCUAAAGUCACUUGUCUGGGAGCACUACUCACAAGGCUUUUUCUUUAGAUUGGAUCAAUUCCAAUUCCAGACGCUCACAUCUCUUACCCACUUGUCAAUACGUAUCCAAGAGUUUAGGAAUGGAGUAUUACCACCCAACCUAACAUCACUUGACCUUUCGUUUGACGAUAAUGUCCCACUUGACCUAUUCCAACCAUCAUUGGCAUCAUCGUUGACCAGUCUCAAACUCUCUGCACGACAUACAGAUAUGCCCUAUUUCAUCGAUCUCAGAUCAUUCACUGGUCUGACAAGUCUACAUCUCCUUUGUCGUGCUUCAGUCAAGCUACCACCACAUCAUCAUCAGUCAGCCCUCAAAUAUUUAAAUAUCGAUAUGAGUUGUUCAGUUGAUUUCAUCCCUCAAUCACUCGAAACCCUUUUAAUCGAAUCGUAUUUAUUGUCGGAACUGUACGACAAUGCAAACAAAAAGCCAGGAGGGGUGCCCCUCCUUCCAUCGACACUCAAAGAUUUUUGCGUCAAGGAUUGCAGGUCUCUUUUACCUCUGGCUGCUAUCCUACCACAUGGAGUAACUAGUCUUGAUCUAACGAUCAAUCAGACAAAACAGACCGAUCCGGGUUUAAAGGGAUUGAUACCAACAUCAGUGGAGAAACUACAACUAUCUGGCCCAUUUGGCAAUUCAACACUCAACUUUCUUCCCAAUUCCAUCAAAUCUUUGACUUGGAGAGGAGAUACUAAUAAUACUAAUAAUAAUAAUAAUAAUAAUAAUAAUAAUAAUAAUAAUGAUAAUAAUACUUUACUUCCAUUCACAUUACCAGAACAAUUAGAGACAUUAGAAUGGUUGGCAAAACCAAUUAAAAAUAUCCCUUUUCCAUCUUCACUCACAUCUCUAUCGCUUAUAACACCAUACUUUGAACUAAAAAAUGGUAAACAUAUUUAUUCUGUAUCAAAAAAUUAUUUUAAUAAUCAAAAUAAUAAUAAUAAUAAUCAAAAUAAUAAUAGAAUAUUAUUUCCAACAAAUAUUAUCAACUUGACUUGGAUAAUUAGUCCAGAUAUAACAGAUAAUAUUUGUUUUAAAUUGGACGAUAUCAUCAAUCAAAGUAAUGUUCAAGAGUUGACAAUUCGAGUUUAUGAAUCUAAAUGGGCAACAUUUAGUAUUCGUAGAUUCGACAAGAAUACAGUAUUGUUGGUUGACAAUCAAUCAAUGUUUGGAGGUUUCAUUACACUACCAUCUCCAUCACCAUUAUAUAUUCACCAUCUAAAAUUUGAAGCGUGUCCAUUUUGGACCCAAUCCAUCACCACCAAACCAAGAAAAUAA